AUGGCUCUCCGGCUGUUGGGUUCGGGUCCAACGCCAUUGUUGACCGUUAAGAAUCGGGUUGGGACCCGAAUUGGACCCGUUAGGGUUUUUAAGAAGGACGUGGACAUGGCGACGCUUGGGAAUCUUUGUGUGGAUAUCGUUUUGAGCGUCCCGAGGUUGCCGCCGGCGAGGAAGGAGGAGAGGAAAGCUUAUAUGGAGCAGCUCGCCGCUUCGCCUCCCGAUAAGAAAUUUUGGGAAGCUGGUGGUAACUGCAACUUGGCCAUUGCUGCAGCUAGGCUGGGGCUUCAUGUCUUCGCUGUUGGUCAUGUAGGAAAUGAAAUCUAUGGAAGUUUUCUACUUGAUGUUCUUCAAAAUGAAGGCAUUAGUAUGGUUGGAAUGAAUGAGAACAAAGAUCCUGUAGUUGCUAAUAAUAUAUCAUAUGAAACACUUCUCUGUUGGGUUUUAGUUGACCCAUUUCAAAAGCAUGGAUUUUGCAGCCGUGCCGAUUUCAGCAAUGAGCCUGCAUUCUGUUGGAUGACUAGAUUAUCAGGAACAGUUAAAGCAGCAAUUCAGCAGUCAAAGAUCCUUUUUUGCAAUGGUUAUGCAUUUGAUGAACUUUUCCCUGAGUUGAUCACCUCAGCACUUCAUUGUGCUAUCGAUGCUGGAACAGCAGUGUUUUUCGAUCCUGGUCCACGUGGAAGAACUCUUGUUAAUGGGACACCUGAAGAGAAAAAAUCGCUGGAACAGUUUCUGAGGCUCAGUGAUGUCCUCCUCUUGACUUUGGAUGAGGUAGAAUCAUUAACGGGAAUCAGAAAUCCAAUUCUGGCAGGACAGAAGCUGAUAAAGAAAGGAGUUCGCACAAAAUGGGUCAUAGUCAAAUUGGGUUCUAGGGGAUCAGUUCUGAUCACCAAGUCUAGCAUUUCUUGUGCACCUGCAUUUAAGGUGAAUGUGGUUGACACUGUUGGUUGCGGAGACAGUUACACUGCAGCUAUUGCUUUUGGGUAUUUACAUAAUCUGCCAGCAGUUAAUACGCUGACACUUGCAAAUGCUGUUGGUGCUGCAACUGCCACUGGUAUUGGAGCUGGUCGAAAUGUCGCCACUUUGGACAAAGUUUUACAAAUCUUGAAGCAAUCAAAUCUCAGCGAAGAUGACAAGUUUUGGAGUCAGUUGUUUGAUCAAAAUUCGGAGGGACUAGAGGUUUUAUUUCUCUCUGGAACAUCUAUAAAUGGACAUAGUGAUAGAUUUGCCCGUGUUCCUAUACAAACUGUUGUUUCUCAACUUAUGCCGAGGUUCGAAGCUCAGGCUAUAUUGCAGUCUUGACAGGAAACAAAUAUACCAAUUAUAUCCAUUAACAGUUACAUUGAUAUUUUUCCCUUUAUAAAGCUUUUUCGCGAUUCAGGCUAGCGUUAUAAAGCUUUUUCGCGCCAGUGAAUCCAGAAGGUUUUUCUGAAAAGUUCAGUGGUGCUUCAAAAGUAUCAGGUCAUUGAGAAGAGUAUAUAAGUUUACCACUGAUUUCUUUUCGGAACUCAGUGUUAACAAUUAUUUAUUACUCAUUAAUUGAAUUUAUAGAAACUGGUGUUUUCUAUGGUAAUGUUGUGAUGUUUCUUCACCUUUUGUGGAAUUUUGUUAAGGCAUAUGAUGCAUAUCUGAGACUUUGUAAAUAAAGCAACUUGGAUCUUGCA